ACCAGCAGGGCUUUCACACAGUAGACUAGUGAGAGAGAGUAGAGAGAGAUUGAGGGAUGGAGAAGAUCCAGCACAAGAUGGUUGCCGUAAAUGGUCUAAACAUGCACAUCGCUGAACUGGGUCAAGGUCCAUUAAUCCUAUUCCUCCACGGCUUCCCUGAACUCUGGUACUCAUGGCGCCACCAGAUCCUCUACUUUGCCGCUCACGGCUACCGAGCAGUGGCUCCGGACCUCCGCGGCUACGGCGACACCACGGGGGCACCCCUUAACGACCGCACCAAGUUCACCACUCUCCACCUCGUCGGUGACCUCAUUGAACUACUCAAUUCCAUUGCACCGGACGAAGAUAAGGUGUUUGUUGUUGGUCAUGACUGGGGUGCUUUAAUUGCUUGGGACUUGUGCUUGUUUAGACCGGAUAAAGUCAAGGCACUGGUGAACUUGAGUGUUCCUUUUUUUCCGAGGAAUCCUGCGAUGAACAUUGUUGAAAUGUUUCGUGCUCUUUACGGGGAUGAUCACUACAUAUGCAGAUUUCAGGAACCUGGAGAUAUAGAAGCCGAGUUUUCCCCGCUGGGAGUUGAAAGAGUCAUGAAGAAAUUUCUUACAAACCGCACUCCCGGUCCAAUUUAUUUUCCUAAAGGUGAAGGUUUUGGAGAUCCCGAUGCUCCAAUUGUUUUGCCAUCUUGGUUGUCAGAAGAAGAUGUUGAUUACUAUGUCAGCAAAUUUGAGAAGAGUGGCUUCACUGGAGGAGUGAACUUCUACCGAGCUUUGGAUCUAAACUGGGAACUCACUGCACCCUGGGCUGGGGCUAAAGUAACAAUACCGACCAAGUUUAUUCUGGGGGACUUGGACUUGACCUAUCAUAUCACAGGCAUGAAGGAAUAUGUACACAACGGUGCGUUCCAGAAAGAUGUGCCAUUGUUGCAGGAAGUUAUAGUAAUCGAAGGUGCAGCCCACUUCGUCAACCAAGAGAAGCCCGAGGAGAUCAACAAACACAUUUACAACUUUAUCCAGAAGUUCUGAAUUUUCCCUCUCUUCAUAUUCUGGUUCUUGGAGGUGAUUGUUAUGCAUGAUGGAUGAAUGAUGCAUAACCAGUGGGUGGCAUGUAAUCUUGUGAAAUUUCAAUAAGCCUAUUUACCAUUCUCUCUCAGCAUUUAUCUUGUAAUCUUAAAGAUGUGUGAAGGUUUCAUGACAGAAACAUAAGUAUGCUGAAUAAACCUCUAUCUGUGGUCUGUAUACUAUGCAGAUAGAUGAUAUAUUUGUCAUCACAUUUUGAUGUGUUCAAAGUAACAUGUGGAUGCAUGAAAAUAUUCUUUGUCAUUGACUUAC